CUCGCAGCCGCGGUUACAGAUUUGGAAUUCUCCGGCACAAGUUAGCCUCGUCCCUACCAUCCAUGGUGGCAGGAGACCACUCAAUCCAUCUCCGCGGUCUGUUGCAGGUUUUCUCAAACCCCUCCUCGCAUCCCCGCUUCUGAACCCGCAUCGUGGCUUCUCAAACUUUUACUGUCGUCAGCUUCAUGGAUCUCGUUUCUUCGUCCGCAGUUCUUGUUGUGGAGAUGGGGGAAGAGAAUGAGAGGAUUGAGGGAAAAGCCGCUCCGCAGCGUUGAUGAUCGAGUAGGAGUGCCUUGUUAGAGAAGCAGGGUGGCGAUGAUGGGUUGGAAGUGGCAACGUGGGAUGUAAAGGUUGUGCUGCCAAGCGAGUAGUGGAGUUUUCCUUGUGGAGCAGGAGUAAUGGAAUUUAGCGACACUUACAAGCAUUCGGGUCCCUGUUGUUUUUCCCCUGAUGCCCGAUUUUUGGCUGUUGCAGUCGACUACCGUCUUGUAAUCCGUGACGUGGUCUCCCUCAAGGUUGUGCAGUUGUACUCUUGCUUGGACAAGAUUAGCUAUGUAGAAUGGGCCCCAGAUUCGGAGUAUCUUCUAUGUGGUCUCUUCAAGCGAGCUAUUGUUCAAGCAUGGUCUGUAUCACAGUCUGAGUGGACCUGUAAGAUUGACGAAGGUUCAAUCGGAAUAGUGCAUGCCAGGUGGAGUCCAGAUAGCCGUCACAUUCUUACAACAUCCGAGUUUCAACUCCGUCUCACCGUGUGGUCUCUUGUAAGUACUGCGUGUGUGCAUGUCCCGUGGCCGAAGCAUGCUACGAAGGCUCUUUCCUUCUCGAAAGAUGGCAAGUACAUAGCUAUUGGCACUCGGCGAGAUUGUAGAGAUUAUGUCCAUCUUUUGGCAUGCCAGGGAUGGGAGGCCAUGGGCAAUUUUGAAGUGGGCACCACGGACCUCGCUGAUCUAGAGUGGUCACCCAAUGACAGUACAAUUGCCGUGUGGGAUUCUCCUCUUGAAUAUAAGGUCUUGGUCUACUCCCCUGAUGGCCGUUGCCUUUUCAAGUAUGCAGCUUACGAAAAUGCGUUGGGAGUCAAGUCAGCGACUUGGUCACCAUGUGGCCAAUUUUUAGGUGUUGGCAGCUAUGACCAAGUUGUGCGAGUUCUCAAUCAUCUGACGUGGAAACCUGCGGCUGAAUUUAGUCAUCCAGCACAAAUCAGGCCUCCUUCAACAACCAUCGUGUUUAAGGAGGUUGAUGAACCAUGGCGUACCGACUUAGAGUCGAUUUACGCUAAAGGCCUUCCUUGUGACUCCUUACGACGGGUUUUCUACAAAGUGGUCGAGGUCCCUGUAACCAUCCCCUCGUAUAAACCACCAGUGGACAAGCCCAAUCCAAAGCAAGGGAUUGGUCUUCUUGCGUGGAGUGCAGAUAGCCAAUAUUUUUUCACAAAGAACGACAACAUGCCGAAUGCUUUGUGGAUUUGGGAUGUCGUGCGUUUGGAGCUCUUGGCUCUUUUACUUCAAAAAGAUCCAAUACGGUCUGCAGCUUGGGAUCCUAUUUACCCUCGCAUCGCUGUUUGCACAGGAACCUCCCAAUUGUACUUGUGGACCCCAACUGGCGCUUGUUGUGUACAAAUACCGCUUGCCGGAUUUUAUGCAUCUGAACUCAAGUGGAUACCAGAUGGUACUGCAUUGCUGUUGAAAGACAAGGAAGCCUUCUGCUGUACCUUCGUGCCCAUGCUUCCUGAAUUUGAGCCUGAUGAUGAGAAUGAGAACGAGAAAGAGAAUGGUUCGUUGUAAUAUAUUGUUCAGGAAUCAGGUUAUCCAAGCAUUGUUGCAAGGGGCACCAAAAUUUCUUGGUUACUCUUACUGUGGAGAGUAGGACAACAUGAUUGAUGUUACUUGCCACUCAGUCUUGAAGUGGGGAAAGGAUAUACAAUCCCAUUAUUACAGGGCAGGAAGCUUAGGAAAAACAAUCAUUUGAGAUGUUAACAUACUUAUUAGGAAUAUGACUUUUGUAGUUUGCCAAUUUUUGUCUCAGACUAGUUCGCAAAGCUGCUUUUUUCUUCUUGUAGAACUGAGCUUAGUUAUGAAAUAAGGUCCAACAUUCGUCAGUCGGAGGGAUUCUGCUGGUAUCUAUGGGUUCUGCACGUGACCUCAUAGUUCUAAGGAUUCCUGGAGGAUUUGAAGGGCAUAAGAAUACUUGUGCUCAGAGUGAAGAUCAGUGGCUCCUUUCAAUUAGAUGAAUCAACAACCUUAUGUCAUUCUUCACAAGUGAAUCUUUGUUGAUGACGUUGAAGCUCUUA